AUGAGUGAUAUCAGUGCAGAUGAAUAUAUUGAACAACAGCAGUUGUUAGAAGGAGAAGCUAAGUCUUCAAUGCCAUGGAAUCCAAAUAAUUGUACUUAUACGUUAGGUCCCUUAAGACAACAAGUUUUUGCUUGUAGAGAUCAUAAUAAGAUUGGUGUUUGUUAUUCUUGUUCAAUACAAUGUCACACUAGAUGUGAUAUUGUUGAAUUAUUUACAAAAAGAAAUUUUACUUGUGAUUGCGGAACUGAAAGGGAUGGUUUAGUUGAUGCUGACAACGGUUUUAGAUGUCAGUUAAGACAAAACAAAGAAGCUGAUAUACCUGCUUCUGAUAAUAGUUAUGGGCAUAACUUUGAUGGUCUUUUCUGUAUUUGUGAAAAGGAAUACAAUCCAGAUUCUGACUCUGUAAUGUUGCAAUGUAUCAUGGGUACAGAGUGUGAUGAAGACUGGUAUCACGAUUAUUGUAUUAUGAAUUUAGAUGAGAACAAAGUUGAAAGAUUACCUUUAAAUGACGAUGAUGAAGGUUCUGAAAAAAUAGUAAAGGGGUUCCCUCCUUUGGAUUCAUUUGAUGGUUAUAUUUGUUGGAAAUGUAUUAAAAAGUCGGAGUCAUUCUUCAAGUUAUUGGAAUCACAACAAAAUGCAGAGGAAUUAAUAGCUACAAAAUUAUACCGCAAUGGAACUAUCCAAGAUAAUGAGACGGAUGAAAACACUGAAAUCACAAAAAAAAGAAAAUUGGAUUUAGAAGAAAUAGAAUAUUCCUUACUAUUAAAGCCAAAUUACUCAGAAACUCUAAAGAAAAUAAUUAGUACAUUAAAGGAUGAAGACAAUAAUAAACUUCUAUCUUUUAUAGAAAAUAAAAUGUCACACCUAGUAGAUGAAGAACCUAUCUAUGAACCUCAGGAGGAUCAAGAUAUUAAUCUAGAUAGUUAUGGCCUAGCUUCAGACAUGUUACAAAGUACCCUACCACAUGGUAUGGCUAUCGAGGGUUUAGUAGCAUUCCAAAAACUUAAAACUAAACUAAGUAGCUUCUUUAAAGAAUUUGCUGAAAAUGGAGAAAUAGUUAAAGAGGAAGAUAUCAAGAAAUUUUUUGAAAAGAAAGAAGAUACUGAAUAA